AUGGUAAACUACAAAAGGGUCAAGAGUGAGCAAGGAAGUAAGCAAGUCUCACGGCAGGUUUCAUACAAAAGUCAAUCCUCAGUACUCGCCAAUCCGCUUUACCUACCAAUUGUCACAACAAUAUCGAAGCAUGUCGUCCACUCAGAUCCCUACUACCAUGAGAGGAGUCUUGGUCGAAAAGGUGGGAGGUCCCGAGGUGCUCGAGUUCAAGACCGACUUGCCCGUCCCCAAGCCUGGUGCCGGUGAAGUCUUGGUCAAGAACGAGUUGGCCGGACUCAACUACAUCGAUACCUACUUCCGGACCGGUCUCUACCCAUCUAAAAAGCCCGAAAUACUCGGCAAAGAGGGGUACGGAACGAUCGUCUCCCUCGGCUCGGACGAGAAAUCCUUACAAGGCCUCUCGGUGGGCGACAGGGUCGUAUGGAUGGGCGGGUCUGGAUAUGCCGAAUACACCGCUGCACCGGCUCUGCAUACUUACAAGAUCCCUGACGGUCUCGAUGGCAAGCUCGCCCUCGCUUCGUUCUUGCAAGGACUCACCGCGUUGAGCUUGAUCAGGGAAGCUCAUCCGGUGAAAGCUGGGGAAUAUGUCCUCGUCCACGCCGCUGCGGGAGGGGUCGGGCUCUUGCUUUGCCAGAUGCUCAAAGCUACCGGAGCACAUGUAAUCGCGACCGCUUCUUCCCAGGAGAAACUCGACCUGGCAAAGAAGAAUGGGGCCGAGUUCCUUAUCAACUAUUCGGAGGAGAAGGAUCUCGUCGCCAAAGUGCUCGAGAUCACACCCGGUGGCCAGGGGGUGGAUGUCGUCUUUGAUGGAGUGGGCAAGUCGACGUUCGAAGACGACCUGUUGAUGGUCAAGAGGAAGGGUUCGCUCGUCUCGUUCGGUAACGCAUCAGGGGCGGUACCUCCGUUCGCCAUCUCUCGACUGACGGCCAAGAACCUCCGACUUCUCCGACCUACCCUCUUCAACUACAUUACCACACGCGAAGAAUUUACCACCUACACCAAGGAGCUCUUCCAGUUCAUCCUUGAUGGAAAGCUCGACAUCAAGAUCCACGACACUUAUCCUCUGGAGGACAUCAGGAGGGUGCACGAGGAUCUGGAGGCGAGGAAGACUACGGGAAAGGUUUUGAUCAAGAUUUGAGGGGUUAACCAUAUCGAACAAAUGACAAAUGAAUCAGGAUUGUAAUACAUUUGAAUCACUAUUGCUCACUGAGGGCUCGAAAAGCUACAUCAAUUCCAGGCAUG